AUGCAGAACGAUCAAGGAAAGAUCGUCGACUUGUACAUCCCUCGUAAGUGCUCUGCCACUAACAGGAUCAUCGCCGCUAACGACCACAAGUCGGCUCAGUUCAACGUUGCCGUUGUUGACCCCAAGACUGGCCUUGCUACUGGCGAGUUCCACCCCGUCUGCAUUGCCGGUUACAUGAGGAGCAAGGGUGAGUCUGAUGCUUGCGUCAACCGUCUCUUGCACGAGAAGAACAUCCUCUCCUUCGCCGAGUAA